GCAGACAUGAAUGAACCUCAGUGCUACUACAAUGAAACCAUUGCCUUCUUUUAUAACCAAAGUGGGAAAACUCUAGCAACUGAAUGGAACACUGUGAGCAAGCUUGUAAUGGGACUCGGGAUUACAGUUUGUGUUUUUAUCAUGCUAGCCAACCUCUUGGUGAUGGUGGCCAUUUACGUCAACCGGCGUUUUCAUUUUCCUAUUUAUUACCUAAUGGCUAACUUAGCAGCUGCUGACUUCUUUGCAGGGCUGGCAUAUUUUUACCUGAUGUUUAACACAGGACCCAACACUAGAAGAUUGACUGUCAGCACAUGGCUUCUUCGCCAGGGACUCAUUGACACCAGCCUGACUGCUUCAGUGGCCAACUUAUUGGCCAUUGCCAUAGAAAGGCACAUCACCGUGUUUCGCAUGCAGCUCCAUACGAGGAUGAGUAAUCGGCGAGUGGUGGUGGUGAUUGUGGUCAUCUGGACGGUGGCCAUUGUCAUGGGUGCUAUACCGAGCGUUGGCUGGAAUUGUAUCUGUGAUCUCGCUCACUGUUCUAACAUGGCACCACUCUACAGCGACUCUUACUUGGUCUUCUGGGCUGUUUUCAAUUUAGUCACCUUUGUAGUCAUGGUGGUCUUGUAUGCUCAUAUCUUUGGAUACGUGCGCCAGAGGACUAUGAGAAUGUCAAGGCAUAGUUCAGGGCCUCGCAGGAAUCGGGACACCAUGAUGAGUCUCCUAAAGACUGUUGUCAUCGUGCUUGGUAAGUAUCUUGAGAUGUGA